AUGACAAUCGAAGAAGAUCAACAACUCAGUCUCUCUGAGUACUGGGACAGUCGCUACGUCACCUCGAAUAGCGAUGAGCCAACCCACGAAUGGUUCCGCUCAUUCGACCAUCUCCUUCCAUUCCUGUCAAAGAACCUCCUCGACCAACCAGGUCGCACAGCGCAGGAUAACCCGAAAAUUCUUCAUCUAGGUUCAGGCGAUAGCGUUGUACCUGCUGAACUUGCCGGCCGCGGCUACAAAAACCAGCUAUGCGUUGAUUUCUCACCCGUGGUAGUCGAUCUCAUGACGGAGCGACACAAAGAUAUUCCCGGAAUCGAAUGGCAACGAGUCGACGUUCGAGAUAUGCCAUCUGUUACCACCGGCUCCAUUGACGUAGCUUUUGAUAAGGGUACACUGGAUGCCAUGAUCUAUGGUAGUCCUUGGAGUCCGCCUGAUGAAGUCAAGGAAAACACCAGCAAAUAUCUCAAGGAGGUGCAUCGUGCGAUGAAGGACGAUGGUGUCUUUCUCUACAUCACCUUUAGACAGCCUCAUUUUAUGAAAUUGCUGCUUAACCCGGAUAACAUUUGGGACAUGGAGAUGGAGGUUUUGGGUGGUGGAGGAAUGUUGGAUUACUAUGGAUAUGUUAUCAGAAAGUCCAAGCCUCAAUAA